CCCCCCCCCCCCCCAAACCCAAUUUUCUAUAUUUUUUUUUUGCUGGAUCUCAUUUGAUUUCUCUUUUUCUUCCCGCCGAUCAUCUGCAAUCUGAUUGAAAAGUUUUGUUUAAAGAAGAAAAAAACGAACAUGAAGCUUGACACCACCGGUAUGGAAUCGGCGGCGCCGGUUUGGGGUUCUCAUAAUGAACUUGUUGAUGGGUUUUCGGCUGCUCCGUCAUUCGAGCUCCCAAAUACUACUGAUUUUGAUGGGUUCCAAAAAGAAGCUAUUCAAAUGGUGAAACCUGCUAAAGGAACCACCACACUUGCCUUUAUUUUCAAGGAAGGUGUAAUGGUUGCUGCUGAUUCUAGAGCUAGCAUGGGAGGCUAUAUAUCAUCACAGUCAGUGAAGAAAAUUAUUGAAAUCAAUCCAUACAUGCUUGGAACAAUGGCUGGUGGAGCUGCUGACUGCCAGUUUUGGCACAGAAAUCUGGGAACCAAGUGCCGGCUGCAUGAAUUGGCAAACAAACGUAGAAUUUCUGUUACAGGUGCAUCGAAACUGUUGGCAAACAUUCUCUAUUCUUACCGUGGAAUGGGACUAUCAGUUGGAACCAUGAUUGCUGGAUGGGAUGAAACGGGUCCUGGACUAUACUACGUGGACAAUGAAGGGGGAAGGUUAAAAGGAAUGCGUUUCUCUGUUGGGUCGGGUUCACCAUAUGCUUACGGUGUGCUGGAUAAUGGCUAUCGGUAUGACAUGUCAGUUGAAGAGGCAGCAGAGUUGGCUCGAAGAGCUAUUUAUCAUGCCACAUUCCGAGACGGAGCCAGUGGUGGUGUCGCCAGCGUUUAUUACGUGGGACCGAAUGGCUGGAAGAAGCUAUCAGGCGAUGACGUUGGAGAACUUCACUAUAGAUACUAUCCGGUGAUGCCGAGCACGGUAGAACAGGAGAUGGUCGAAGUAACUGGAGCCUAAGAGGAUCGUCCUUGACCUAGACCUAAUUGAAGAUGUUUGCCUUCACAGAUCGGCCGACGGGAUUCCAUCGGAUUCUACAAAGACAGUUCACUGAUAGACUUAGUUUGUCAUUGUUGAUGUUGAAAUUUCUUAAAAGAAUCAAAUUAGUUUAAACGGGAACUUGUUUGGAAGUUAUUCAGUUCUGUUACGUUUCGAAUCGAGCUUGAGUUUAUUUGAUUUGAGCUAUCAAAUGAGUCAAAUUUGAAGUAA